UGUGUGUGGUGUUUUUUUUUCCAGUGUCGGUAACUUAGUACGUCACAUGUUGUUUUGCUUCUUUAGUUCAGUCAUUCUAUGCGAUGUGCUAUUUACUGAUAAACGGUUACCGAUGCAAGCUGGAGCUUAGCCUGGAGAAUACCUCGUCUGCAGUGAGUGUGAGCAGCUGAUGAGCAGAGCAUGGCCAGACAGAACACACUUUGCACCUAUUUAUUAACAUUCGAUUGCUGCUCUCCUCUGUUAUGAGGAGUAAACACCGUCUCAAAAUCCCAGGACUUACAACGUGUUAUUUUUGAACUGAGACGAUUUUUUUUUUAACGUAUACAAUUUCAUUUCAAUUUUUUUUUUUUUUUAAAGGCUUUGUCGUCUUGGAUUUAUUGUAUUUUCCUCUCCCUGAUAGCUAGCUGCACCUUGUGUAAACAGCUCAGCACCGACUAUCGUUUCUGUGCCCGGGGAAUGGGCAUAUAGUUUGUGACGUUUACUACGACAUCAGGGGAUUUUUGUUUUUAAAUUGAACUGUACCAAUGCACCUUGCUGUUCAGGAGUAGAAGCCCUGCUGUAUACUUGGAACGAAAAAAAAUCUUCUCUUCGUAGAGGACUGAAGAGCUACUUUCCAGCUGCAUUAUACUUUGCAUCUUUUUAAUUUAUAAUACUUUUUUUCUUUUUUUUUUUUUAUUAUAAAUUUUUUUUUUUUUUAAAAGAACUCAGCUGGAAAAAUACCAAUCCCUAAUCUUCCAGACUACUACCAUUGCAAGUCUCAUUUGGAAUAGAGGUGAAGGGCAUCUGGUUGGCAGGUUCCUAAAAGGAUGGCCAGCCCCCCCACUACAGGGCAGUCUGGCUCUAAUUUGAACCACAACAACAACAACAACAGCAGUAGCGUAAAGAAAUGUGGCUACCUACGGAAACAGAAGCAUGGCCACAAACGUUUUUUCGUGCUGCGUGAGCCUGGUGAGGGCUGCCCUGCUGCCAGACUUGAAUAUUAUGAGAAUGAAAAGAAGUGGAGAAGCAAAUCUGCAGCAGCCAAGAGAGUUAUAUCUCUGGACAGUUGCCUUAACAUCAACAAACGAGCAGACUCCAAGAACAAGUACCUGAUUGCCCUCUAUACUCGGGAUGAGUAUUUUGCUGUGGCAGCAGAGAGUGAGCAGGAGCAGGAUAGUUGGUAUCAGGCUCUCACAGAACUGCUUAGCACCGAAAGAGAGGGAUCUGUAUGUGCAGUUACAGGAGGUUGCUGCUGUCCAAGCAAUGGCAGUUCUAGCAAGUUUUGCAGUACCCAUUUGGGGCAAAGUGAAGACUCUAAUUAUGGCAUGAUAACACCCGCAAAUGCCGCUUACAAGGAAAUUUGGCAAGUAAAUGUGAAACCCAGGGGCUUGGGUCAGAUCAAGGGUAUACUUGGACUGUAUCGACUGUGUUUGUCUGCCCGCAGUAUCAGCCUUUUACGUCCAAACAAUGAUACCCCUUCUGUGACACUGCAGUUAUUGAAUAUUCGACGUUGUGGUCAUUCAGAAAGCUACUUUUUUGUGGAAGUUGGCCGCUCUGCUUCCACUGGAUCAGGAGAGCUUUGGAUGCAGGUUGAUGACACCGUAGUGGCCCAAAGCAUCCAUGAGACGAUUUUGGAGGCCAUGAAAGCCAUGGGGGAUUUGGAUGAAUUCCGUCCCCGAAGUAAAAGUCAGUCUUCUAGCUCUAAUCCCAUCAGUGUGCCAGGUAGACGGCAUCACAACAACCAACUGCCACCUAGUCAAACUGGCAUAACUCGAAGAACCCGCACAGACACCCCACUGUCCUCCUCUGCUAAUGUUGCUGCAAAUUCUUCAAGACUCCGUACUGCCAGUGAAGGAGAUAAUCUAAGCACUAGGACACUUAUAGGGAGUCCUUUAAGCCCCAGUAUUUUACGUGCACCACUUAGCCGUUCACACACGUUGAGCUGGGGGGGGCGACAUGCAAAACUGGUUCCAGCUCCAGGACCUCUUCAACAUAGCCGCUCAAUAUCAAUGCCUGUUCCCCGCUCACCACCCCCUGCUACUAGCUCAAUCAGCUUGUCAUCUGGAAGUAGCAGCGGGCAUGGUUCUGCGCCUGACCCAUUGAUCCCACAACGACCAUCCAGUUGCACUGCUUCUGCAUCUGGCUCACCUAGUGAUACCGGAUUCAUGUCUCUGGAUGAGUACAGCUCUAGUCCAGGUGAGCUUGCACGUACAUAUCUGAGCUACCGCAGUGGAACCCCAGAUUCCUUUUCUAGCACUCCACCUCAUCCAGCAGAUCUGAAUGGGUACAUGUCAAUGGACAGAACAUUACAAGGUGUCUGUACCUGUCUUGGUCGUCGGCUAGAAGGAUCUGGGUCCGAGAAGUGUCCCAGGAAGAGGACUCACUCCCUGACCACCCCAGGAAGACAGAGUGUUUCAGUGCCUCAAGUUUCUUCUGCAUCUCUUGAUGAAGCCACCUUGAUUCGUGCCACGUAUAAAGGUAGCCAAGCUCUCCAGUCCUCCUCCCCAAAGAUGGCAUACCAGCCCUACCCAGAGGACUAUGCAGAUGUAGCGAUUGGUCGUCAGGAGGACAAUGGGUACAUGCCAAUGAAUCAUGGGGCAGGCAUAGUUACCGCAGCACCAGAUUAUGUGCCUAUGAGCCCUGCCAGUGUGUCUGCUCCUCAACAGAUCUUGCAGCCCCGGACUCCUUUUUCUGAAUCUAUUGAAGCAUCUCAGGAAGAAUCCCCAGAUGGUUAUAUGAGAAUGUACUGUGGUCUCAAAGCAAGGCCAGUACCUGUGCAUAACCAAUUGUCACCUGCUGAGCCACCUGCCUCCUUUACCCCUCCUGAUUAUUUCUCCAUGCAGCCUAAACCCAGCUGUGUUUGCCAGGUUAACAGGGCACCUCAGCCACAUAUCCCUGCAGAUGUUGAACCCUACGUAAUGAUGAGGUCCCCUAUUUCCUCUUCUCCACAUGGCAAAGUAGCCCGUCCCUCCCGACUUGCAUUGCGCAUUCUACCGAGCAUGAGUGAGCACCCUCCAGAACCCCCCAGCCCUCCUGGUGGGGAAUACAUUCACAUUUAUUUUGGAGAUACAAGAUCUCAAGAUUCAUUGCCAAUGCCUACCCCAUCUACUCGGUCCGACUCUGCCCAGUUAUCUACUAAUGGCAGCCCAGCUUCUACUUCUUCUUCUUCUUCCAGUUCUGGGCCUCAAAGCUCUCCAAUAUCUGACUAUAUGAACCUGGAUUUUGGGCCUUCUGACUCAAAGCCUAAUGUGUGUUCUUCAUUGCAACUUAACUCAGACUAUACAGAGAUGAGCCCAAGGAAAAGCUCCUCAAAUUCAUCCUCUAAUGUAUCUCCACCACCUGCUUCACCAUUGCCUAUUGCAAAUGCUAGUUCUGGUGUACAGCAUCUCACUUUGCUCAUGGACAAGAUAUCUGAUGGGUUUAGCUUGCACAGUCCACCCCCAGAUCCUAAUCGGGGUGCCAAACUAAUUCGGGCAGACCCACAAGGAGGCCGUCGCCGUCACAGUUCUGAAACCUUUUCAUCGACCACCCAAGUGACCCCUGUAUCACCUUCCUUUGCACACAGUCCAAAGAGGCCCAGCUCUGCAUCAGUGGAGAAUGUGUCACUGAGGCCUGGCGAGACUUCUGAAGUUGCUGAUUGUGGCAGUCCUAUGUGCCGGGAGACCUCAGCUGGGUUCCAGAAUGGACUUAACUACAUUGCCAUUGAGCUGUCACCAGAAGAACGUAGCCUGCUACUGCUAACACAAGCCUCAUCCAGGGGACACUUGCCUGCCUUGGGCCUUGCCAGUUUGGACAUUGGGUCUUACUCUAGCAUUGAUUUCCUUGGACAUAGAAUGAAGGGUGCCACCACUGUAAGAGGUGAGUGUAAUAAAAUAAUGAAACCAUUACAUUUCUUUUACUAAAUUGUGUUGACAGCAUAGCUUUGCAGGUUCCUGUGGUUGGUAAUACGAACACAGUGAAACCUGAUGUUCUAUCACAAGAACAUUCAGUUUGUGAUCUGUACCUGCAUAUAUCAUGAGAACUUUGUAGACUUUUCAACUUAAGAACAGUCAAAUGGUAAAUGAUAGGGGUUUCAUUCAAACAUAGAGCUCCUAUGUUAUUACACGCAGACCUAUUGUAUUUAAAAACACAAGGAGACCAGAGUCCAUUAAGUUGCCUAGCCAAAUUUCAUGUGUAUUCUAGGUAAUAGUAUAACUUUUGUUUUUUUCCCCCAAUAAAGUUUAUCGAUGUAUAUUUUUAUAUUGCAAACAUGCUUGCUUAUCUCAGUCUCUCAGCUUAAUACUCCAUAAAACCAAAGUCAUGCCUUAAAGUAAGCUUAAUGUGUAUUUUCUAGUUAAAUCAUUUUCAUAUUAUUCUAAACAUGAGUGCCUUCUUAUGUCAACGAUUUAUUUAUGGAACUUGAACUACUGAUGAUCUUCCUGUGCUCCAAAUAACUGCACUGAUGAGAAAACAGCUGUGAAAUAGUGACACGUCAAGCACAUUCUUUUUCUUCUGUCAUAAUAACUGUAGUAUAUAGGUGGACAAAAGGUAAACACCCAGCUGUUCCCAUGAUGCCUUGCCUGCCUAAAGGAAGUUGUAGGACAAGGACAGAUGUGGGGCUACAUGUUCCAUCCUUGCAGUUGGAAAUAGAUCUGCUUUCCAGAGGAGGUGGUAGGAGCGAAUUUAUUAAGGGGAUUAUUCACUAAACUACAAAUCGGACUUGACUGAAAUUCGUAUCAAGCAAUAAAUUCGAGGCAGGCAAUAAGUCAAGCUGCUAUUUAGCGGAGGUGUAGAAUUUUAUUCAGGUCAACUGUUUUGACCUGUUUAGUCAUUCAGAGUUGAAUAUGUUCCAAUUUGGCGUUUAAACCCUGGCUGUGUGAAUUUACUAACCAGUUAAUCAGCCUGUAUGCAAGGUCGUGUGUGUGUGUGUGUGUGUGUGUGUGUGUGUAUAUUUCUUUUGUAAAAAAUUUUUUUUUUUACAUUUUUGAAAAAAAAGGUUUUCUUGAAUAAAAAGGACAGAAAGAUAAAAUUACAAAUGCUCUGCUUUUUGAUAUUGGAUAGUUUGAUUUUGUAAACUUGCAAGUGAGACCAUUCACAUCACUCUUCAAGAUAUCGUAAUUUAUGUUGUGUGUUUUAAAUCAUGUGUAAUAAAAAAAUAUUAUGUUAUCAAUUUAUUAUAAAUUGAAUGCAUUUGUAGACUUUCCAUUGAUGUUAAAAAUUGAAUUUCACUGAUCCUGCUCAUUUCCCUAGUUAGUUGUGUUUUACUUUGUGUUUAACCCCUUAAGGACCAAACUUCUGUAAUAAAAGGGAAUCAUGACAUGUCACACAUGUCAUGUGUCCUUAAGGGGUUAAAGGCACACUACUGGCACCCAGACCGGUUCAGUACAUUGAAGUGGUCUAGGUGCAGUGACCUUGUCACACGUAGUCCUGUAAUGUAAACCAUUGCAGUUUUAGAGAAUCUGCAACAAUUACCUUGCAGGACUAAGACUGCCUCUAUUGACUGUCUAUCAGACAGCCAUUAGAGGAGCCUCCUGCUUUCUAGGUGAAUUUAGGUCGCCUAACUGACUCUGGACAUCCAACAUCAGUUAAAUCGACAUAGAAAAGCAUUGAAGCAAUGCUUUCCUAUGGGAAGGGGCCUAAUAUGCUUGACGCGCAUGCACAUUAGCCCCCACCCCAUCAGAGGAGGUGGAGCAUCGAGAAAAUUCAGACCACUCAAACUCCAAAUUCAAGAAAGAAGCAAUUCACUCUUUGUGACAGUAACAGAGCUACACAUAGUUUUAGCUAAGAACCAGAAAGGGAGCAUAGAACAUUCCACCCUUUCUCAAAUAGACAGAGGUCAGGGGUGUGUAUAGAUUUAAUGUAUAUAUUUCUAAAUUGUGUGUGUGUGUGUGUGUAUAUAUAUAUUCCCCUUUAGCCAAUCCCAAGGUUAGGGAGAAAAAAACCUUCUGACAUGACAGUCCUGAUAUGUCAUUUCUGUUUGAAAAGGUUAUGAACUGACAAGUGAGGAAAAUGCAUUUUACAAGGCAGUAUUAACUUUUAUGUAAUGCAUAAUGUUAAUUUUCCAUAACCUUUUUUCCCUUUAAAGUGGAAAUGCAUGAUAUUGCAUGGCUUUUGUUUUUGAGCGAGAGUGGAGCGGUGCGGCGUUUUUUUUUCUUUCUUGUUACACCAUACUUGGAGCAUUUCAAUUAUAUCAUAACUAUUGUCAAAUAAACAAGGUAGAUUUUAUGUGCUAUUUGUAUAAUGGCCCCCAAGUUUGAUUUCGAAGAACAAACUACGUAUGUGGCAUUUUAUCUCAGGACUCCCAGCUGCAUUCGAAUUUUUGAAGCAGACUGUACAUUAUAUACCAAGACUUCACACUGGUAAUCACUGCGUAAUCACAGCUGAUUGGGAAAGCUUGUGCAGUUGUAACCAGAGGCAACAUGUUAAAUAAAGUCUCCAUUGUAUAAGAUCCAGUGUAAAUAAUGUGCGUAUACCCUGUUCAGUUCCCGUAAGUCACUUGGAACAUACAUCAUGUUCAGGACGUUUUAUAAAGCGGUGUAACAUGUUUGGAGUAGGUUACAUAAAGCGUACACAUAAACUUCGGAAACGUCAUAAUCCCCUUUUGUGUUGAAAAAGGUUAAAUAAACAACCUAUGAUUACACACAUUGAGGUGAAAGCGUGGGUAACCAGUUAGCCCAAUCAUCCAGUUUCAAUCUCAUUAUGACACUGUUAAUUGUUACCACGUUUUAAGGAGGUUUAUGAAAGCUUUCUUUCUGUAGAAAGGAAGUGGGUGUUUUGAGAUACUUGGGCCAGCAAUGCGUCUACCAUUCAGGAGAUCAGCUAACAGUCUAUUAAGGAUUAGCCAAGAAUGGAGAGAUCAUCAUUGUUAUAUAUUUUUGUUUGUUUGUUUUUUUUUCCUUAAAUGUUUUGUAUACGAUUUUAUUUCCACCAUGUCUAAAGGGAUCUUUUUCUGUUUUACAACCUUUUGGUUUUAUUACAUUUUCUAUUAUACUAGCAGUUUUCUUUGCCAGUUAUUAAAUAAUAUACAUUUAUAAAAAUACUUUAAUAAAACCACACACACAUACUUUAGAACUUUAAUGAGUUAAAUGAGGGCAGAAGUCUUUUCAUAGGGACAUGACUAGGCCUGGUCUCUAUAUUUUCCUCUAUUUUAGGCUCUGGGCUGGGAAAGCAGAUGUUUCAUUGAAAAGCAGCAUCACUAGAUGUUAACUAUUCCCGUGCUUCAGUGUUUACUCCCAUCCUAUGGUGUUUAGUUGUCCCCUAGGCAUUCAGUAGUCUGGACUAGUAGUUAGGACUGUCUGUCCUAAAGGAUUAUGCAGUAAUCAAUUGUAACCUUCACCAAUGGCAUAGCAUUCCACGUUUGUCCACACCAGUAUCAAUCUCUCCAAAGGAAUUGCAAUUAUAUCUCAACAUGUGUUCAUACUCACAUGUAGAAACCUAACUAUAUAAAGUACAGAUAUGCACAUACAUUUGCGUUAAUAUUUGAAUCAAUCUCAAACCUAUCUAAAAUAAAAAAUUUUAACAGCUGGUGUGAUAAAGUAUAUUGGAUAUGUACAGUGCAUAGAAUUGGCUGGGCCUUGGGCAUCAUGGUGAUGCGACUUGCAUAAGUUUACACCUUGUAUAGAAGAAACGACAAUAUUUGCUUUUGGCCCAAAACAUGCCUCUCUGGUGGCCAUCCUGCAGACCACCAAUACAGCUGGUUCCAAUUUUAGAUCCUUCAAUUUUCUAAGGACUACUUAGAAUAAUGCUGAACACCGUUAAUGCACAAAGAGAAGCAUUGGAGUCAAUACUUCUUCUAGACAAGCAUUCAUGCACCAUAUGUCUAGUUAGCGAUCUAAAUUGAGAAUUCAAAGUGAAUUUUAAAGUUAAGGUUAAAGUAGCCAAACUAGAAAAAAUGCUCCUUCAGUUUGGCUGCUAUGGCCUUAAAUUUGAAAUUCACUUUAAAUUUUCAGUUAUCAAAUCUGUGAACUUCAUUUACCCAAGUUCUAAAUGAACAACUCUAAAAUGGUGACACUAAACAUAUUAUUAUGCUUGUUCUAUAAUUCAGAACUUUUUAAGACUGAACAUUAGCACCCCUAUGUUUUUAAAAAUAAAAAUGUCCAUCACGUACAUUGACUUCAUGGGGAUUAUAUGAUAUAGACCAACAGCUGAAGAGUUAAAGUCAGCACACAGUGUGACAAUUGGUGAUCAAACUGGAUAACUAUAAUGUGUAUUGCAAAAUAUGUGAGCUAGUGUAAUCCAGCUAAUGGCAGGCCUCAAAUAACCUCAGAGACUAGGUAGAAAAUCCUCUGAUCUUCUGAAGAGAUUGAGCUGCUGUAUGUUUGUCUGUGAUAACAGAAAUCCAUUGAAACUAUUCCUUGUGUUAACCAAGCUCUCUGAAGCUUCAAAGAUUGGUGUGGAGAAUUUGGUCCGUACAGAGUUUGGCAUUUCAUUAAUUCACCAACUCACUGAGAUGUAUCCUUCAUGUCUGUGUUUGCAUUCUUACUCCAACAAGGCUUCCAACACAUUUGACACUAUGUGGCUGCUUACUGUACAUAUGCAUGCAAAUGCAGACAUUGUUUAAAGGACCACUCUAGGCACCCAGACCACUUCAGCUUAAUGAAGUGGUCUGGGUGCCAGGUCCAGCUAGGGUUAACCCUUUUUUUAAUAAACAUAGCAGUUUCAGAGAAACUGCUAUGUUUAUGUUAGGGUUAAUCCAGCCUCCAAAUCCUCUAGUGGCUGUCUCAUUGACAGCCGCUAGAUGCGCAUGCGUGAUUCUCACUGGGAAAAUCACAGUGAGAACACGCAAGCGUCCAUAGGAAAGCAUUAUGAAUGCUUUCCUAUGAGACCAGCUCAAUGCGCGCGCAGCUCUUGCCGCGCGUGCGCAGCUCUUGCCGCGCGUGCGCAUUCAGCCGAAAGGGAGGAUUGGAGGCGGAGAGGAGGAGGAGAGCUCCCUGCCCGGCGCUGGAAAAAAGGUAAGUUUUAACCCUUUACUCUCCCCAGAGCCGGGCGGGAGGGGGACCCUGAGGGUGGGGGCACCCUCAGGGCACUCUUGUGCCAGGAAAACGAGUAUGUUUUCCUGGCACUAUAGUGGUCCUUUAAGCUUUGUAGAUAUAUUUGGAAUAAAUGCUAAAACAAGCUAAACAAGGCCAGAUAUAGGCAGGAUGGAUUUACAUACCAGGUGCCUGUAGGUACAGACUUCAAAGGCACCCAACGUAAAAAAAAAAGACAGAUAAAGUAAGCUUAAUCAGUGUACUAACUGGACAUUGCUUUCAAUGUGCUGUCAUGUAACAUUGGCACUCGUAAUAACUACCAAAGAUAGCCAGUACACAGAUGGGCUUGUUCACUAAACACCACAUUUUAAUAAAUGUAAAAAAAAAUCGCAAAAUUUUUACUAAAAUAACUUCCUAAUCAGUGACUAUAACUGAGUGGGAAAUUUGUUGAUUGAUUUUACAAAUCAGCAGUUUUGCCUAUUUUAGUUACCGGUAGUUAUUGCUUGCUACAGUCCAGAUACCAAGGACAUUGUAAAUAUGCAGGCAAUGAGGAAAACCAAAUCUAAGCAUGGGUCAGUAUGGCUCUAUGGCCCUUCAGGAAAGCAGUUCAAGAGACAACACUGCUGCAUAUAAAUCAUAACACUCUAUGACCGUAUUCAAAUGAUUCUAAAGAAUGACACUGAAUGAAAACAUGAGUGUGAAAGCACUCUCUCUUUCACAUGACAUGAGAAGAAAACAGUUCAUCAACUGCUUGCCUCUAUAACAGGAAUGUACAGAAUAAUGUGAGAAUGCAAUGAAACUAAAACAGGGGAAAAUACAAAAUCUUGUACUCAGUUUGUCUGCUAACUACACAAACCCUGCAUAAUAUAGAUUAGAUGUUGUUCCUUAGUAUUUUCUCUUGGGAAAACAUAGCAGAGCUUUUCAUGAGCUAUAAUGACACACGGCAGUUAAACGUACGUGGACCGCAUUAAAACUUUGGCAAGAAAUGUCAAAUUAACUGACUCUAAUCUCUGCAGCUUGCUACAGAUUGUUAUAAGAUUGUGUUGCGAUCUUGCUCCGUAACAUUUUGUACUGGGCAGCGUAAUCCCAUAUUCCUUUCCUCUCCAGGCAUUUGGAAUACGAUUUGGUAUCUUAAAAUGAUAACAACAACAUGCCCUUAUAUAGCACCUUUCUACUCAAACUCAGGCAAUGCAUUCUUAAGACAUGGACACAUCCUUUUCAUGGUGCGUUAUGACACGGCUCUGAUUUUUAUCUCAUAGUAAAAACUGUUGAUUGUAUUCACAAUGUUGGAUGUAGAAGAAAAUUACCUUCACGUGCAAGUUGAUAUUUAUAUAUCGUAGCGUUGUAUGCAGUGCACUCUGAUUAGAACUAGUUUAGAAAUCCGUGUGUAGGUCUACAAUCGUGUGAAAGUUGAGCACCAACAUUGCAUAAUGCUAGUGUAGCAUCAUAACUGUAUUGUUAUUCAAUAUACAACCCACAACCAACAAAUGUAACCUGUGGAAGAUUUAUUGAGUGUAAAGAGUUGUCAUCUGAGUUUUCAAACUUGUCACCCCCAUGAUAAAGUUGCUCCACCGAAUCUAUAAUUCAGUAAGGAAUGUUCAAAGCAAACCUUGACACAAGAGGUGUGUAUUAUCAAUGGGCCAUUUGUUAGAAGAUGGCAGAUCAUAGAAUCUACCUAUUUGAUUAAGAUUGCCAUUUUCUUUCUAAAGAAGCUAUAAUCUAAAGGCAUGCAUUGUGUAGGGUGUCACAUUUUAUUGACAGUGGCUCAUAUAAUGCUCCAAUUAUUGUUAGUUAUGUUUUAUAUAAUCCUCUGUCCACAAAAAGAUUAAGAUUGCAGAGCUCAAUAAAGGGUCUCGUGAACCAUUUUUUUUUUUUUGAUUUGAUAGGUGUGCCCAGGCACUCCCUAAUGCAAUUAUGAUUCUUUCCACACUGAUAACCUUUAAGAUGCCUUCCUGAACUUUUCCAUCAUAUUACUUGCUCUAUAUUGAGUAUGAAAAUUAGUUUAAGAUUUAUUUAAUUUCUUUCAUGAUCAUUCCAGAGUAAUUCUAGAUGUAAAAACAGAUGGACUUUUUAUUGUAAAAAUGCUCACACCCCAAUGUGCUACCCUUACUUAUGAUUGAUUUUAUUGCAUUUGUGAUUCAUCUAGCCUUGCAGUUAUAUAAAUAUGGUUAAAUGCUAUUUUUAACGGAGUCACACACAAACCUUCCUAUCUGAUGGUUAAAUCUGUGCACAAGGAAUUGCCCGCUGAGCCUGUCAGUGAGUUCAGUCAGCCAGGAAGGUUUGGUAUACAUGUUAAUCUGCCUUGCAGGAAAACAUGUGACUUUAUUUUCAUUCUUGCACAAGUUAAGUGCAUCAGUAAUUUAGCAGUACUAGUAACUUAACCAUUCUGGUUUAGCUUGUACACUCUUGUUAUGGCAGGAAGUUUCUGGUGUAUCUUUACUCUAGCAUUUAUCAGACUUAAAGGAUCACUAUAGUGUCAGCGGUUUUCCUGACAGUAUAGUGACCUGAGGGUGCCCCCAUCCUCAGAGACCCCCUCCAGUGGUGCUGAAGGGGUUAAAACCCCUUCAGCAGCUUACCUUAUUCCAGCGCCAGGUUCCCUCGGUGCUGGUGACCUCUUCUCCCCCGCCGAUGUCAGCUCCUGAGUGGAGCAGAAUGCGCGUGUACAGCAAGAGCAGCACGCGCAUUCUAUCAGUCCAUAGGAAAAUGUAUCUGCAUCUUUUAUUAUCCUUUGCAUGCUAACAAUCUCAAAGGGCAAUUUUCACCACCAUUAUCUGUGUGUCUGCCUCUUUACCUAUCUCUUAUUUUUUUCUUUUUUUCUUUCCUCUAUGACAGAUCAAGAAAAAGCACACUUUCAAAUAUGCAUAUUAAGACGCAAAGAGACUGCGUUUACCUUUAACACACUCCACCCAUGGGCUGCAUACCUCCUCAAGCAGAAGGUGGCCCUCUGCAGUAGUUCUCAUACUGAAAUCUGCUUUGCAAUUAGUUUCAAGGAAAAAAAAUAUUAUUCUACUUUUUGAACAGUUUGUAGUAUCGAAAGUCCUGAAUCACAAGGGAAUUCCCUUUUUCAUUAAAAAUGAAACUUUUGAUUCCAGUCAUAACUUUGCUCCUGGUCAUUGCAGCAGCGUUACGGAAUUUACUGGCGCUUUAUAAAAAAUAAAAUAAUAAUAAUGGCAGCUUACAAAAUGUUCAUUGUCACAUCGCAAAUAUAGGACUCGUAACUAAUAUAGCUUAAGUGUCAGACGUGUGUGUGUGUGUGUAUUAUGUGUAUAUAUAAAUAUAAUAGAAAUGUUGUUUUGACUCUGAUAUUCAUGCUGUUCCUAUAGCGACAUAGACUAGUUUAACAGAAAUCGUUUUUGAUUAUGCUGAAUGGAAUGUUUUGUUCACAAGUGAACCAGGAACAGUUGUUGCUUAGGGCUGAGGAAGUGCUUAGUUUGAUGAUUUACCUCUGAUUACUUCCAAGAUAGCAAGGCCAGCUCACAUUCCCUUCUUCAGUGUGUGUAAACCGCUUAAAGAAUAUAAAUAAUAAAAAAAAAAUCCAAGGUACUUUUUGCAUGAAGAAUAAUGCUCUAGUGUUUUGUGACUGUUUAAUGGAGACUCCAAACACUGAUACAGCAUAUGCUCCUUAUGAGUUAUGAUUCAACUAGCUCCUUGUUGUCAUACAGAGAACAAUGUAAAAUAAUGAACUGUUUCUGAUGGAGGAAAACAAUCCCUUUUUUUUUUUUCUUUGUGUUAAAAAUUCAUUGAGAAUUUGCUGCUGCUCUCGUGAAGUUCCUUAAACGUGAGAAUGUUGAAGCAGGGCAGCAUUGUAGAUUGAAUGAUUCAUAACUUUCCUUUAGAAUAUGACAAGCUGAUUCUCCUAACUGACUUGGAAGGAAUGUGGGCUGGUCCUGACAUGAACAGCAUUUCAAAGAGAGAGACGGCACAUAAACUAUAGCAAGUAUAGGCUUCAAAGGGCAGCCAAGAGGUCACUGCACAUAAUACAACCAUAUGGUAAAUAGCCAGCUGAAGGGGAAAACUUCCAUACAGGUUCUGAUUGUACCCAUUAACUCUUUGUUGUCUCAGUGAUGGCAAAGAAAAAUAAAGCUACAUUUUAUCAGAUUUUUCUCACUUUGUCACAUGGAGUAAAAUAGUGAUUUAGUACCCAGAUCCAUCAACAUUAACUAAAACCACUGUAUAAUGUAACCGUUGUUGGUGAUUAUAAAUAGCUCUAACAAAGAUGAAGGCAGCGGCUGCCCUUAAAAGACCCCAGGCUUUGCCUGUGAGUUCAGGAUUAGAGUGGGUGUUGACGCUCAGCAUGUGCACAUUGCCAAAAUUGUAUUCAAGGUCAGGGGAAGUCUGAAUGAAGUGAGCUAAUAAUCUGUUUUAUUGGGAGACCAAAGGUACUGCCUUGCAAAGCACAUAUUAUGUAUGAGCAGAUGGAAGGACCAGAGUGAGAGUGUUUAGUGGGGUUUAUAUGUUAUGUAAAGGAAACGUAAAACAUUACUAAUAAAAUAAACACACAGGAACACAACACACAGUGGAAGGCUGUGGCUUUUACUGAAAGGAAUUUAAAAACCUCUUUAACUUCAAAUAUGUUGCUUACAACACAAUUGUAUAACUAAUCAUAUCACAUUUAACACCCAGAGGAAAACACCACAUUGUGGCCUUUUAAUAGCCCAUAUAACACCAUAUACUAUUUUUAACCUCCCCUACCAUUUAUUUAGACAGGCAAAUCAAGAUUCCAAAUAAAAAUGUAAUAAAAUUUAUAUAAGUGUGGGAGAGAGGGAAACUGCAUAAACGUUAAAUUUAUAGUGUAUUUAUGGCGGUCUGUGAGAUUUACCUCACUGACUGCCGCUUAUAGCGCCCCAUUGUCUGCUCAAAAAAAACAAAACCCUGGCUCCCAGCCAAUAGGGAAGAAAAAAACUAUUGACCCCUCCAUUCCUUCCAAACACAAACCGACAUUGGUCCCUAGACAUGGGGUUGGUAACCCCUUUACAUAAAGUAGGAAAAGUAGCGUGGUCAAGGAACUGAAGGUAAGUCGUGUAGCGUUUCAUUGGGAAAACAAAACACGAACAGUAAAACUGCUACGUGUUUUAUAUUUUUGUGACACCGCAAAACCCAGGCUUAGAGAAUUGAAUAAGCAGUAAUUUACAUUUCUCUAAAACCACAUGCAUGUUAUCAUUGUGCAAGAAUUGUCAGGUUAGUGAUGGCUGCAAAGAUAUAAAUUAUCAGAGUAAUGUUUAUUGAAGGCCUUUGGCAUUUUGCUUUGUAUACCUUUGUUCUAUACGAAAAGAAUGUUUAUAACAAACACGGCUAAUACGAGUUCCCUAAGUUCAGCGUCUAGAAGCGUAGUUUCUCAUAUCCAUCUCUGCUUUAUAUUUGGUCUAUAUAUUUAAGAAAAAACGACUGUAAAGCUUGUUUUUGUUUGCAUCCUUCCUUCUCUAUUCCAUGUGUGUAAACGAGAACAGUGACUCAGACGUGUAAUAUAAUAUAUUAACAUGGCAGGCAACAAUGAACUACACAGUAUGUGGCAUUUUUCUUUGUGUGCUAAUAAUUUAAUAAUCACACUGUCUUGCAAAUGUGUCUACCUUCUUUUGACAAUGCUGUGUCUUGAAAACAAAGAUGUUUGCUACAGAGCUCUCACCAUGUUCAGAUAAAACGAAACAUUUUCGAAUCUUGUUUUAUAUUUUGUAUUUCAUUACAAUAUCCAUUUUUGUUCUUGAUUUUUCUAAAGGAACAGUAGCUUGCAGUUUGUCCUUGACCCAUGACACAAAGGCCAAAAUUGUAAAAAAAACACACAAAAAAAACAAAAAACAAAGGGGGGAGGUGGGGCUUUUGCCAGAGUGUUAAUAGCCUUUGCUGUAAUCAAACAUAAUUGAUAAACUGACUGUCCAUUACCCACAAUCUCUCCUAUUAAGGUAGUUGUCUCUUUGGAUAUUGUGUGGAUCCUGAUAGUUCUUGUGAAUAAAAAGAGACGGGUUGCUGUUGUUUACAUUUUGUUGGUAAACCCCUUUCCCUAUCUUCCAAGAGAGCACUUCCUUUCUUGGCAGAUGGGAGCCUCAAGGCCCUGCACCUGCCAUGACAAGCAAGACACACUAAUAAUCUACCCCAGCGCUGCUGUUUACAAUAGGCUAAUGAUUGCAUGCCAUCUGCCUCACAGUUACAAUACAAAAUAGGAGCAAAGAUUUCUCCUUCAAUGGGGGAAGGCCAUUUUUUUUUUAUUAUUAUUAUUAUUUUUUUUAUGAGACCACAAGCAAGUUUAAGAGAAUGCAAGCAAGAUCAAAUUUUGGGGGAAAAAACUUGAUUCAUAGGUGCUUUGCCUGAGUUUAGAGAUCUGAGUUGUUGGCAUUCAUUUGACGGUUACCUAACCAUUGAAAGAAAAAUAUCUCACAUUUAAAAACAAAAAAAAUAUAUAUUUUUUCUAGCUUCCACAGUGAAUGCAUUUUGAGGAUUUAUUUGUUGAUUAUAAAUGUUUGCCCAUUGUGUGUUAAGUUCAUUUCUUCAUUUUCGUGUUGUGUGCUAUAGUCCUAAUCAAGCAGUUAAUUAAACAGGAAUAUGCAAUAGACAUGGGUUUAUUGUACUAGGUUGUUAUUUUUUUUUUACUCUUGCUAAAUUGCAGUUCAAGGAGAUCUGUAGUAGUGACUUGCAGGCUGGAAUGUGUGAUCUUGUUAAACGGGUUCAAAGGACUUAACCCUCUGAGUGCUAGGGAGUUGAGUAAUCUGUUUCAUGAGAAAGUGUUGAUCACCUCUAGCACGUUAAAAGAAAAAGAAAAGAAAAGAACUAUAACAAUCCUUUUGUUCUAAAAUAGUUUGUAUUCUGGAAAAACCUGUUCAGCUCUCUAAUAUUUAGUUUCUGACUUCUACAUUUAAGAACAUUUUGUUGUUGACUGGUGCCUUUAGGUAUUGUUUUUCAAGUAAUCAUGGAGAUGACUUGCUGAAGCCAUUUGCCUGGAAAACCAUUUUAUUUAAAUGAACCAGGUCAAACUAUUUUAGCAAAAGCUGUAUAAAUCUAAGUAGCAGAGCAUCAGGUACAGAGUCCCUUUUAGGGUAUUUGCUUUCCUAUGUAUGUGGCACGUGAUACAAAUGAUCUUGUUAAAGGAGAGAAUGUAGUUUAACUCUUCAGAGAACAAAAUUAUCUUUGCCUGUGGGCACUACAUCAGCCAUAAUCCCUAAGUCUCCCGAGAAUGUCUACCACUCUCUGAUAAACUGCCUAUUUUGGGUCCAGUGACCUGCAAUCCCUCAUUUCCAGCCCAGUGUUUCACUUCUUGAGGACAAUAAAGCAAAGAAGGAUUAAGAUCACACAGAGCCCUAAGCAGGUUGCUGGUUUGGAACGUACUCUUCAUUCUUCAACUAGAGAUGGUGAAUGGGGCCAAACAAAUUUAUAGUUCUGUGCCUAGGUAGAUGUGAAACUGUAAGGUAAUUAUUAAUCCUGCUCUGCAAUGGGGAAAAUAUCUGAUGAAGGCUCCUAAUUGUCUGUGUGGCUAUUAUGCUCUUGUGCAACCAUAUAACCAAUAUCAACCACCGUUAUUGUUUGGUGCUGUUCAUUAUAAUGUGCUUAAUGUCUGCUAUAAUUGCUUUGUCUUUCAGUUUUAUAAGCACAAGUCGACCGCAUAUGUGAUAGAGGCCCAGUUAUAAUUUUGGAAUCUUACUAGUCCGUUGAUAGAACUUUGAGUUCCUUGAUAUAAGCCAAGAUGUCCUUGCUAUAUUAAAAGAAAACCCUGCCCAAAGAUCACCCAGAGUUUGCACUGUAUUAAGAAGGAUUACAUGACGCAUAGGAUUAGACAUUGUUGAGCAGCUUGUUUUAAUGGAAAGGGUCAGAGAUGGUGGCUUUAGUGUAAUGCCAAACUGGCUGAUACCAGUAUCAACAGGGAAAGUUUAUUGCCACUCACGGGACAUAUGUAAACAAAUCUCCUUUGUAAGCCGGUUAUAUGUCACCUGUUACUUCCUUCUUUUUAUCAAUAGUCAAUGCCACUAUCACAUUGAUGUAAGGCAGGAAUGCCAACAUUGACGAUAUAUUUUAUGAAGCAGUUUGCUUUUCAUGCCGUGUUACCUUCAUGCAAGGAUAUGACAUGCUCACCCCUCACAUAAGGAAACAUUGCGUUGAAGCAUAAAGUGUAAUUAAGCUCUGAAAACCUUUAACAGGAAAUCAUAUAAUGGCAUCUAAAUAUAAUUCAAACAAGCAGCCAUGCGUGUAACACAGAAAACACCCAAAAUCAUGCGUAAAAUGUUGAUUUCACAUAUAGUCAUCUUGUAUCUCUGACAGAAUAUAGUGAUUUUGCUGUAAUCGUAUUUUAAAAAAUAGGCACGGAGUUCCCUUUAAUACCACUGCUAGUACACAGUCUAUCGCUUAUAAGAAAAAAAGUUCUCCACUCUACAUUGUAGCUAAAGAGGAUGCAUGUGGUUACAAGAAGGUGAAUAUAAAAUAACACAAAGGUAAGAUAGACUAUAUAGUGUCAGUAAAGGUAAUUAUGACCAAAUUAAUUGAUUGCUUUUGCUUGGGCUUCCUAUGUAUCUGUUUGCAGAUUGGCUGUUUGAUAUGGUCUCGUUUUCGCAGAGAGGCUGUAAUUGGUGUCCGCAGUAGAAUGGCUCAUUCUGGAUUGAGGUGUGUACUUUGAAGGUUACUGUAGGGUAUCUUCCGUAUCCAUUCAGCACCUGUUACUUGUGUAAAUGAAAAGCUUCCGUUUACACUUCUCAUCUGUUCAAUUUGCACCUGAAGCAAACAAACAGGAACACUGGAUAAUGUUGUUUACUGGUAAAGUUUAAAGAUCUGAUCGACUCUAGAGUAGUUUGAUAUGUUAAAUGGGAAGAAAUGUAAAAAUUAAACAAUUAAAUAAAUAAAAAACAUAAUGUAAAGACACUAGAGUAGUCUAGUGUGUGUAUAUAAUAAUAUAGAAAUAUCACUGUUAAUAACAUUUCAAUAUGGAUCUACCCACAAAACCAAUAAAAUUCUUGAAAGGGCAUAAAACCAGUCUGUGGCUUUGUAUACAAUACAAUAAUUUUGCAGCAGUUUUUAGAUAAUUUUUUAAUUGUAGUUUUACCAACCAACCCACUAGUGUAUAUUUGGAGAACUUCGUAACCUUUCCAGUGUUUUCUGUUUUUUCUGUACCAGUUACACAACAUUUUCUAUAUGUCCCGAGGAAGAAACUUUAGUUGUCUUGAAUUGUUUAAAUAAACUGAACAUAAUUCAAGACUAGUUUUGUCAAGGAAUUUCUGCUUUGUGGCAGUUAAGUGGUAUCAAAGAGAUCUUUAAAAGUUAUAAGCUUAAAUGGUCAACCAAUCAGGAAGAGGGAGCGUCAGUCUGAAAAUAUUUACAUUCAAAGCAUAAGAAAGCGGCCAUAAAAGUGCAAUUUGUUUAAUUUUUUUUUUCCUGUAAUAUUCUUUUUUUUUUUUUAUUAAUUAGAAAACAGCAGACGUGAGUAAUGUUAUGAUUGUGAGGUUGUAGACAUAUACAAUAAUUAUGUAACAUCAAUAUGAUAUAGUACAAUAUGCUUUAUACAUACAUACCAAAAAAAAUAAAAAAAUAAACUCUUAGCCAGUCGGAGACAUUGUUCAAGUGAAAUUAACAGAAGGUCCCAGCUGGUAUGUGAUGAAAAAAAGGAUAUCAUCAAUAGAAGCUUGGAGAUAGUGCCUUGGUAAUCAUAUAAUCCAUAGAUGAUAGAUAACUACAACAUUGUGAAAGUAAGAGGGAGAAGACCAUAGCCUGGUGAUUCUUUAAAUUUGAAUUUGAUUGAGACUUGGCAAUAGGGUUAUAGUUAGGAUAUCUGUGUUACCAUUGAACACUGGCAUUCAUUUCAAAAUGUAAUUUAUCAAAGCUGUAUUCCUAACACCCUAAUAACCCUUUAACCACUUUCCCCGAUUCCACUUGUGUAAACUGAUUUUGGUAACCCUAUGCGCAUGAGCAGUGAUUCCUGAAAUUCAGCUUUGUUUCAAGAGUGGAGCUGUAACUUUUCACUGAGCACCUUUAGUCACUUGGUUUAAGCUUGUAAAAUUUCAUUGUUGGACACUGGUCUUUAACACUCUUUUACUUUAUUUAAUGGGAGGAUGUUUAAAAGGGCAGAUUAAAUGCAUGUUUGCAUUAUGCUACAGUCUCUGUCCGUUAUUCUACUUGCGUAUGCAGAAUAACAUUUGCUUGUCUUUGUUUGAGGGAAUCUCCCUGUGUACACAUAGAAAAGUCCAGAGUGCUCAAAUGAGCAUUGCUAAAUCUUUCAUGACCACGUCAUUAGCUGUAUUAAUGAUGUCAAAUUUCAUAUCAUGUUGACUUAAAUGUCACAAUAUGUGUAAAAUAAACAGACAACCGUGGGACAGUAAACUCCUACAGUAAAUAUCCAUUCCAGUUCUUGCAUGUAAAGAAUUUAAACAGGAAGAAGUCAUUUCCCUUCUUGUCUUGUGUGACAGAUGGAAUACAGGGAUGCAGAAGGUAGAUGGUGGCAAUUCACAAUACCUUAACCUUUUCAUUUGCCAGAAGACACAUACCCAUAAGGCCCAUAAAGUACUUACCUCUUCAGUGUGUUAUACUAAUUCUAAUUACCAUAAUCAUACAGGACAAAUAUGUUUGUGCAAUAAAAACAGAACUUCAGCAUUUAAAAAAAAUUCUACUCUUUUAUGUCAGAGACUGUUGGCCCAUAAAUGCUCUUGGUUUUCUCACUAUGCUGCUUUGUUGGACUAUGCAUUGUAUAUAUAGCAUGGUAUUUAGUUUCCCCUUUCUCAGUAAUCAACCAACUCCUCUGUUUGAUGUGCAUAAACCUCGAGUACUUUUGACAGUUCCUAAACAUGUGCAUGUAAGUCUCUGCUAAUACCAAUUAAGGUUGGCAUUGCUGGAGGUGGCUCGAAUGUGUUGCACCCUGUUUUGGCAGCAUAAUUUUGUAGAAUUCCUGGAAUCUGCACUUAUAGGAGUUAUUUUUUUUUUUUAUUAUUAUUAUUAUUUUUUUUAAGAGUUCUUUCUUGAACUUGUGAAGAAACUUCAGCUGAUGCAAAAUGAAGAUCUUUCACUGCUUCAAAACAAAGUUGUUUUCCUAGCACUAUAGUGAAUAACAACCCCCCGCAUGUGGCGCUGAAAUGAUUAAAACCCUUCUAUAACUUACAUGAUUCCAGUGCCAAUGUCCCGUGGCGCUGGGUCAGAUUUUGCCUUCCUCUCUUCUUUUACUGAUGUCAGUCUAUGGGGGGGACCUAACGCGCACGUGCGGCGAGUGCUGUGCUCGCAUUAGGACUACCCCAAAGGAAAGCAUUGCUCAAUGCUUUGCUAUGGGGUUUUAGAUGACGCUUGAUGUCCUUUAUGCAGAGCAUGAGGCUGUCCAAUGCCAGGCGACCAAAAGUCAUCUAAUCACUCGGAGGGGCUUCUAGUGGAUGUCUGAUAGACAGCCACUAGAGAUGGAGUUAAUCCUGCAAGGUAAUUAUUCCAGUUUAUCAAUAACUGCAAUAACUAGAAUUGCAGAGUUAAGGGGACAAUGAGCUGGACUGGUCUGGGUGCUUAUAGUGUCCCUUUAAACUAUACUUUCCUUCUUCCUAAUUGGUUUAAUUGUUGCAGCAAUGUUCUAAUUAUUAUGUUGAUGUUCUCAUGUCCUCUUUAAUUGGGUCAAAUUACAAAUAAAAAUUAAAAUUGAUUGAUUGGCCAAUGCGCUGGAAUAUAGUGUAUUUUUUGGUUUUGAGCUCAAGUACAAUAGCAGCUGAAAUGUAACUACAUUCAUGAACUGAUAAAGGAAUAUCACUAGCGUUAUUAUUUUACUAGUGUAUUUACAUGCACAAAGAGUUAUAUACUAUGUAACAAUAUACAUUUUUCCACAGAAUUUAUAAGAAGGCAUAUAUUACUUGCUGACAUUUGUCGAAACUGACCUGUGAGCAUUUAAUAAUCAAAGAAAGUAUGAUUACUGUUUUCUGAAGCUAUAACAAGUGAAAAGUGUUAGCAAAUGCAAAAUAGAAAGAGUUUCUAGAGCAUUUUUGUGAUUAUUAUGUUAUAUAUGUAUUGCAUUGUAGAAACAAAUGCUAAUUUUUGGUAGAAAAUAAUUGUUUGAGGGGGACCUUAUUAUUCCUCAGUCAUGUUUUUGCACAAUAUUGCAUUUUGAUGAGGUUUUGGGAUGCUGUUCUGUUUUUGCAGACUUGCCUUGUUCCUCCAUCAUUGUAAACAAACAAAGCCUUGGAAUUGUGCCCUAACCGGAUCAGCAUAGCUUUUUAGCAUAAGCUGGAAACCUGUCACCCUAACCUUCUUGCUGUAAAUAGACCAGCAUGAUAUGCAGACUUCUCUGACGUCGCAGAGCCCUUGAAGAAAUGUAGUACAGUGCUAAUUACCAACUGAAGAUUACGAGACUUGCGUUUUUACACAAGAGGAGUAUAACAUAUCUGGCCAUUUUCAUCUGGCAGCUGCUAUGGAAAUAUUAGGCAGAUUUCUCCUUAAUAGCAUUGCUACGGUUUCUUUAGAUACCGUAAGAUGUUUGAUUUUUGUUAUUUUUGAUAACUAUGAACUGCAAAGGGUAUUGGAUUUUUUUUUGUUUUGUUUAAUUUUAUGUUUAACUUUUAUUUUUUAUAAACAUGUUUCUUUUUUCGUUCUGUUUCUCACACAGCUGAGAUUUCCCUCCUUGUCUUAUUGAAUAAGAAUACAUAUAUACAUAAACAUAAUGGAAACCACAGAAGUUAUAUAGGUUGCUAUCAGCAGCUGUUCUGUGCAAUACAGAAUAGCUUUGUUGCCAACAUUUUACUAAACAAAGAUGGAUGAGUUUCUGUAAUCUUUUUCUAUUACUUAGAAGGGAAUCUAUCUGGCCUAUUCAUUGAAAUAGAUGAGUCAUGAUAGGACUUUGUUUUAGGUGCGGCUUUGUGUGUUGGUGGCAAAGUAAUAUCUGGUUAUUAUAGGCUAAAAUAUAUGUUUCAAGCUAUAUUCUCAAGGCUGUUAAAGGGAUUUUAUGCCCAGAGAAUAACGCAAUUUAUACUUAAAACUGGUAAUUGGUUGUAGUAUUCUAUUUAUGACCAUGCUGUUAUUAGUGUUAAUUCAAAUUAAUAGUCACUGAUAUUUACAUAGACUUUAUGCACAAUAGCAUCCCAUGAUCCUUGCAAAGACUAUGCUGCAAGGAGUUUCCUAUCACCAAUAUCAACCUAAAUAUACCUGCAGAGAUUUUCACAUAUUGCGGCAGCUGUAAGGCCAUCCGAUCAUUGAAAAAUACCUCCUAGCUUGGUGGGAGGGAUAAAAAGAAAGUAGACCAUUGAUGCAAUUUGUGUCACUGGCUCCACCAAAAGUUUCAGCCUCACCAAGAAAGGGGUCCAUCCGUAGAGUUCCCAAUCAGGCAUGCUGGCAACUGAGGGUAGACCAUGCAGGGAGCUCAGUGCUACAUUACCCUGAACAUCCAUUGAUGCACUCAUGCUAUGCCUGUUGGGGACAUUUCUUUGGUGUCCCCAAAAGGGAACUAAGCCAAGACGGUGGGAAAGGACCAAAAAUUUAGGAAUGUCCUGUUGAAAUCAGGACAGUUGUAAGGCCUGGUUCAAAAUAUACACAAACUUUCUGAAAUCAAAUGAAUUGUAUGCUCACAUUCUCCCCAUUACCACUAAUAGCUUCUUAUAUGUGUGGAAGGUAUCGGACUGCUUCUGUGGCAGUUCUAUUCUUCCAUUCCAUGCAUAAAACUAACUUUCAAGUACUAAACAGAAGCUCUUGCUGUGCCCUCACAAAACAGAUUACUGGAUAAGUGCAAAUUUUAUUUGACUGGUUCAUCAUAUAAGUUACCUCCAAGAUCAUAGAUAAGUUAACAUUUUCAAAAAGCAUCAGCUGCACAGUUUGUUAGAGAUCUGCUGUUAAGUCUUUGUUUUGAAUAUUAGGAAUAAAGCAUAUGUGAAAUAAUACUGAAAUUUGCUAGAUAAUAUGUGAAUUUAUUUAAGGGGAUUACAAUAUAAUGGCAAAACUAUAUUAACCUCUAUAUAAUGCACCAAUGCUGUGUUAUAUUCAGCUUGGGAAGAUGAUGAUUUAAAAUUUAUCCCUGGCUUUCCAAUUCUGAAACUAUAUUUACAUGGUAUCCCUGUAAGAACAAAAACUGCAUCCUUUUCUUUAGUUUUUCUGCAAUCAAUAAAAAAGAACCCCUACAACAGCAAGAGUUUAAAAUGGUUUGUUUAUAGGGCUAUAAAUCUGUCGAUUUCAAUAAUUCAGUCAGUUUUCAAUAAUUUUUUCUCUAUUUAUCUUUCUCAGUAUCAUAAUAAUAUUAUUCUGUAUUUGCCUAAUUUAAUUCUAACCACAUUAUGUUUACCUUGUGUUUCUAGAAUGAAGACAGUGGCUCAAAAUCUCACACUACAAAGAGAACGUUGGGCCUACAUAUUAUGAUCAGAUGCUGCUAAAGUUUCACUUUUUUCCCGCUAAGGCGGCUUGGACUGUUCCCGCUCAGGUAUAUACUGUGGUUGAGAUGGCAUUAGAACGACUUUCAUGACAGAGACCUGCGUCAGUGCAGUUUGACGGCAUUAAUUUUCUUUCUACCAUUUUGAUACACUUGACUUUAAACUUACAAAUUCUUUCAAGUCCAUAAGAAACACACGGCCAGAGCUAUCAUCAAACUUCUUUGUUUAUUCUACUGUUGACUGGGAGAUUGAUGGACACCAUAUGAAGAAGAAACAUAUGGCAUAUUUUACUCUUAACAUACUGUUUGUCCUACCUCAGUAAACAAUAACAAAGCAAGAAAAAUGGUUUUCAAACCUUGGGAGUAUCAUUGUAAUGGGUAUUGCUAUUAACACUUACUGGCAUAUUUAUGGAUUAAUAAUAAUUUUAUUAUUAUAUACAUGUAUGUAUUUUAUUUUAUGUUUUUAAUUUUAACUGUGCAAUGACGUUUCUGGAGAAUAUCUUCAGCCUUAUGAAACCAUAAUAAAAAGACUUUGUUGCUUGUCAGAUCAAAAUUACUAGGUACACAGUUUACUUAGAUGAUUGUCACACUAGUGUACCAAACGAAACAACGGCACUGUUUUUGAAUUGUUAUUUACAUGGUUCAGAUUUUCUAUCUGAAAGUGGACCAAAAAUUAUAAAUGUGACUACUGGACAGGUUUUUUUCUUUCUCUUGAAAGCUGCACAACAAAAGAGUUGGACUAGCAGCUUUUUAAAACGCACACCAACAGACAGAAGUGUGAUGUAUGUCACUAACUUAAACAAUUCAAAAUAUAUGUACACUAUCACCAUGAAGAGAUUUUAUGUGUGUGUUCACAGAUAAUUUAAUGUACUUUUUUGUAUUAUUAUUAUUAUUUUUAUUUUUUUUUAAAUAAAGGUACCUAUUGAAUAAUGAUUGUAAUAUACACAGAAAUCAACUACAUUGCUCCUAACCAAAAAAAUUCAAUUUCUUUGUCAGAAAACAGAGUAUCCAUCUUUGGCAACAUGAUUCUGAGCAUACUAGGCUAGCUUAUUUGCAUGGUUCUUCCUGGCUGAACAAAGAUGCCAACCAUUUUCAAAGAUCUCUUUAUAGAUUCCACUAGCUGCAGCAAUGUCAUAGGAUGCCACAUUCCCAAAUGAGAUGCACUUUCUUUUUUUCUUUUCAAACCAGAGAAGGAAUAUGGCUCAUACAUACACUACUAGUGUGCUUUUGAAGUAUUUUAAGAAAAAUAAAGGCAGUGAGUUUAAUUCUACUCUUUCUGGAAAAAAAAUGUAAAAAUAAAUAAAAACACUGCAGUAACUAUCGCAAUUUGUAUUGGAUUUCGUUUUUUUUUUUUUUUUUUGGGUGAAACGAUUCUUAUAAAAUUUUUAUUGCAAUAAUAGUGAAUCUAAGAGGCUUUUCCCCCAUUUUAUCAGGACCCGAAGGGGAAAGCAAAGAGUAAUGCGCAUACCUGUGGAAAAUGGAAAAAGGGUUCCCUCUAUAAACGAAAUGUGUUUGGGGGGGAUAGGCAUGAAUUUAGCUAUUGUAUUAGCUGUCCUAAUACAAGGCAAUUCUGGAAUGUUUGCAGGUAUGUCAAUUUAUUAAACAGAUUUCCAAACAUUAGGAUUUCUAUGUAAUCUAUUUUCUCCCCUUUACCUGCACUGUACUAAUGAGUCUAUACAGCGAGGGCUGUUUUAUGAAGGCCACAGAGCAAUGGAACUGCAAGACCCUCUUCAUAAGUCUCUUGAUUUUACAAAUAUACCUAUUGGCAACACUGAGUCUUCCUGCUUAUAUAAAACAAAAGUCUAAUAAGGAUUGUGUUAUCAGACAAAAAUGAAUGUAAAUUCAUAUCUACUUUUGAUUUGGUUUUUCUUAUGUAGUUUAGUUCUUGUAGGCAGGGUGACAUAAUAUAGCUUCGUAGAACAACGAAUAGGCCACUGAAGGAUUGGUCUUAUUAAAUAUGUAUAGUUUUAUAUUUAUCUAUAAUGUAUAGACUACAAAACUUUAUAAGAUAUUUUUGGCUUCAUUUCCAAAUUAAAUAAUAUUUGCUACGUAAGACCUAUGAUGGCACUGAAUGUUGGUACCUGCUGACUAAAAUGUUUGAUAUUUGAUAAAAUUAUGAACCUGUAUACAUUGCAAACAAGUCUCUGUAACACUUGAUAAUUGCAUUAAUAUAGUUGAGCUAAAAGAAAAAAAAAUCACAAUACUGAAAUCUAGCUCAGUGCUGUAAAUUUCACUCAAGGCAUAUGCAAUAUUUACAUUUGAAAGUUAGUUUACACGAUACAACCAAAAUGUACAGUUUUUUUGCAAAAAUGCCACAAUGUAUAUUUAAGUCUUUGUACAUAUCCCCCGUCACAAAGUCCCUUGAAAUAUUUUGCUAUUGUAACCUUAACAGUUAAUAAACAGUGUUUUCUUUUUACGGGGUACAAAUUGUUUCUGAAUAUCAAAAUGUUAAAUAUAUUUCUUGCUAUUGUGGUAUGACAAAAGAGACUUAUCUUGCAGUGUCUUCCUAUGUACAUGAUGUGUGUGUGUGUGUAUAUAUGUGUGUGUAUGUGUAUAUAUAUAUAUAUAAAAUAAGAUAAAUGUGAUGCUGCUAGAGGCAAAUAUGAGUUGAUCUAGAGUAGUGCAUUGUAUUUAGUCUUUAUUGAUCAUGGAUGCUGUCUGAAUAGCCAUAUGCAAUAAAUAUAUUAUUUAUGAUAGGAAAGCCUGUUUUCUGUGGA